GCGAAAUAUUCACAAAGAAAGAGCGGAAAGAUAGUCCCGGAGGGAAAGGGAACUGAAACAAAACCCCCUAUUCCAAGCAACAAAAUCUCACUCUUCUUUCCCCUUUUAUUUCACCUUCUCCGGGAAAAUGCUCAAUUCUUCCGCUUCAGGGGUUUGAAUGCUUGGCCGCUUUGUGAUGCUAUGAAUUGUUUUGGGGGGGACUGAGAGCUGGUUCUUGGUCCCCAACGGAUGAGUCGCCGUUUGGUGGAGUUAUAUAUUUGAAGGGAGAUAAUGAGUGUAAAACUCCAUUGCCCAUUUCUGGGGACUUCGCUUGGUGGCUCUUCAAAUGGUAGAAACAGAGGAAAGUUUGUUUAUCUGAGCAGUAGAGGACAGCCUGUGAAAAGGGUCUUUCGCAGGUGUACAUGUGCAAAACAGGAUCCUUGGAUAGCUCAGGUGAUUAGGUUUUCGAAUUUUUGUGGGCAAAAUGUAGAGUUAUUGAGGAGAGCCCUUAGGUCGAAAAAUGGGUUGAAGGUGGAAUGUGUUAAAGAGCCUUUUUCUCGAAGCAAGGCGCUAAUUAGGUCAUUGAGCCCCUUGUGGGAAGAGGGGUUACUUUUAGUUAGGUGUUCUGUGCUUGUGGCUGUGAUAUCUGGGGUAUGCCUAUUGGUAUGGUAUGGGCAAACAAAAGCCAGGGGUUUUAUAGAAAGUAACCUUUUGCCCUCUGUUUGUUCAGCACUCAGUGAACAUAUUCAGCGUGAGCUUGAUUUUGGUAAGGUCCGAAGGAUUUCACCGUUGAGCAUUACGUUGGAGUCGUGUUCAUUCGGACCUCAUAAAGAAGAGUUUACUUGUGGUGAGGUCCCCACUGUGAAACUUCGUGUUCUUCCUUUUGCAAGUCUGAGGAGGGGGAAGAUUGUAAUUGAUGCAGUUUUGUCCCACCCAAGUCUCUUUGUUGUGCAAAAGAAGGAUUACAGUUGGUUAGGGAUACCCUCAUCUGAAGGUAGUCUACAGAGGCACCUCUCAACUGAAGAAGGGAUUGAUUAUCGUACAAAAACCAGGAGGGUUGCUAGAGAGGAAGCGGCUACUCGCUGGGAAAGGGAAAGGGAUGAUGCAGCUAGCGAAGCUGCAAAGAUGGGUUACAUUGUUUCUGAGAAAAGUCCGAUUGUAUCCGAAGUUGAUGCUAUAAAAGAGGAUGCGAUUCAUUCAACAGCAUUAACAGACUCCAAGUCUUUCUUAUGCAUGGAUGAGAAGAUGCACUGGAGGGAUCAUCACUGCAUGGACACAGGAGUUGAUUAUGAUAUGAAGCAUGCAGAUUUGGAGAAAUCAUUUGGUAUAAAGAUUCCUGGUUUAGGGCUUAAAUUCUGGUCUAGAGUGAUAAAAGGGCCUAAAAAAUACAAAUUCAAGAGGAAGGCUAAUGGAAUUGACAUUUCUGCUUCUGGUGUUUGUGCCAAAAGAAGAAUUCUUGAGCGCAGUGCAUUAGCAGCGGCUGCAUACUUCCAGGGUCUAUCAAAUGGGAAGUCUGCUGAACUUUCAGAGGCAUCUCGAGAUUAUGAUGUUAUGAACCUUGACUCACUUUUGGUGAAAAGUGAGGUUGAUAGUCAUGCUGACACUAAUCUGAUGGGAAGUCGUGAAGAAAUUUUAACAGUUGAUACUCAGAAUGCAAAACAAUUCGGAGAUUCUGGAAUCAAGGACUGUACUGUAGGUAAAAAUGGUAAUUUUGUUCACAAUCUAUCUCCCGUGACUGUAAGAGAUCAGAAAAUCGGUGAAAAUUUGCCAUCAAUAGAAGAUGUUGCAGGAGCUGCUAACACUGAUAAUUGUAAUGUUAAAAAUGAAGGUUUAUGUGUUCAUGAUGAGAUGUUCGGGAGUCAAAGAGGUCAUACAUUUGAAACUUCUACUUUGGGAAAGCUUGAGCCUUGGCUUUCAAAGUACCUUCCUGUUCCCAUUUGGCCCCUAAGCCUAAAAUCAUGUUUGCCAUCUUUCCCUAGGAAUGUGGGGGAGCUGUUAACCUAUCUUCUCAUUGGUCCCUUGAAAUCUCUGAAGUCAGGCAUGGGUCUUAAGGUGGAAGAUUUUGUUGCAGAACUUGAUGAUGGGUUCGAUGUUGUGCAGAAUGAAGGAAUUCAGAAGAUGCUUCCCGUUACAUUGGAUUCUGUCCAUUUCAAAGGCGGAACACUGAUGCUACUUGCAUAUGGUGACAGGGAGCCUAGAGAGAUGGAGAACGUCAAUGGACAUGUGAAGUUUCAAAAUCACUAUGGUUGUGUGCACGUACAACUGAGUGGCAACUGUAUGAUGUGGAAAUCAGAUGUAUUGUCUGAAGAUGGAGGCUGGUUGUCCGCAGAUGUUUUCGUUGACACUCUUGAGCAGAAAUGGCAUGCCAAUUUAAAAGUUGCCAACCUCUUUGCUCCGCUUUUUGAAAGGAUUUUAGAGAUUCCAAUCUUCUGGUCUAAAGGAAGGGCAAGCGGCGAGGUUCACUUGUGCAUGUCAAGGGGAGAAUUGUUUCCUAAUCUUCAUGGGCAACUUGAUGUGACGGGAUUGGCCUUUCACAUAUUUGAUGCUCCAUCAUCAUUUUCGGAUAUUUCAGCAAGUUUAUGUUUCCGUGGUCAACGAAUAUUUGUACACAAUGGAAGCGGCUGGUUUGGCAGUGUUCCUUUAGAAGCUUCUGGAGAUUUUGGCAUUCAUCCUGAGGAAGGAGAGUUUCAUCUAAUGUGCCAGGUUCCUUGCGUUGAAGUAAAUGCCCUGAUGAAAACUUUCAAGAUGAAGCCUCUAUUGUUCCCGUUGGCUGGUUCAGUAACUGCUGUAUUUAACUGUCAAGGCCCACUGGAUGCUCCAAUAUUCGUGGGAAGUGGAAUGGUUUCUAGGAAGAUAUCUCAUUCAAUUUCUGAUUUUCCUGCAUCGUGUGCAUCUGAAGCGAUGUUAAAAAGUAAAGAAGCCGGUGCGGUGGCAGCUUUUGACCGUGUUCCACUUUCAUAUUUAUCAGCCAAUUUCACUUUUAACACUGAUAACUGUGUUGCUGACUUGUAUGGAAUUAGAGCUAGCCUUGUCGAUGGAGGUGAAAUUCGAGGGGCAGGGAAUGCAUGGAUCUGCCCAGAGGGUGAGGUGGAUGAUGGAGCAGUAGAUGUGAAUUUCUCUGGAAAUUUGUCCUUUGAUAAAAUCAUGCAUCGGUAUAUACCUGGAUAUCUUCAUAUGAUGUCACUCAAAUUAGGGGAUGUAAAUGGAGAAACGAAAUUGUCUGGAUCUCUUUUGAGACCGAAGUUUGAUAUUAAAUGGAUUGCUUCAAAAGCUGAAGGUUCCUUUAGUGAUGCUCGAGGACAUAUCAUAAUUUCACAUGAUUACAUCACUGUGAAUUCUUCUUCUGUUGCUUUUGAAUUGUCCACAAAAAUUCAAACGUCUUAUCUUGAAGAAGACUGGCUCAACAGAAAGUGUGGUUCAAAGAGUGUCAUGCCAUUUGUUGUUGAUGGAGUUGAGUUGGAUUUACGAAUGCGUGGUUUUGAAUUUUUCAAUUGGAUAUCUUCCUAUCCUUUUGACUCUCCAAGACCCAUGCAUUUGAAAGCAACUGGAAGGAUCAAGUUUCAGGGGAAGGUUUUAAAGCCUUCAAGUAUUACUAACGACCAAAAUUUUGGUUUUGAAAAGACUAAGCAACUUGUGGAAAUGUCAGAUAAAGGAAAAACAGAUAGUCUUGUUGGUGAGGUUUCAAUCGCAGGUCUCAAGCUGAAUCAGUUGAUGCUAGCACCUCAGUUGGCUGGACAGUUGAGCAUUUCACGCGAGUCUAUCAAGUUGGAUGCCACAGGUAGACCAGAUGAAAGCCUCACGGUGGAGGUUGUAGAGCCACUGCAGCCUAGUAGUGAAGAUAAUCUGCAAAAUGGAAAAUUGCUGUCUUUUUCCCUUCAAAAGGGACAACUGAGAGCUAAUGUUUGUUUUCGACCACUACAUUCUGCUAACUUGGAGGUACGUCAUUUGCCACUUGAUGAACUGGAGCUGGCUUCAUUGCGGGGAACAAUACAAAGAGCAGAAAUUCAGCUUAAUCUUCAGAAGAGAAGAGGUCAUGGAGUAUUAUCUGUGCUUCAGCCAAAAUUCAGCGGUGUGCUAGGUGAAGCCUUGGAUGUGGCUGCUAGAUGGAGUGGGGAUGUUAUCACUGUUGAGAAAACUGUUCUGGAACUAAGCAAUAGCCUUUAUGAGCUUCAAGGUGAAUAUGUCUUGCCUGGUACCCGAGAUCGUAGCCCUGCUGGCAAGGACGGGGGUGGCUUGCUCAAAAGGGCAAUGGCCGGGCAUCUGGGUAGUGUCAUAUCUUCUAUGGGAAGGUGGAGAAUGAGACUUGAAGUUCCUAGAGCUGAGGUUGCCGAGAUGCUUCCACUUGGCAGACUUCUUUCUAGAAUCACGGAUCCUGCUAUUCGUUCUAGAUCAAAGGACAUAUUUAUUCAGAGUUUGCAGUCAGCGGGAUUAUAUGCUGAAAAUAUUCAAGAAAUGCUUGAGGUUAUACGGGAACAUUACACUUCAUCAGAUGAAGUUAUUCUCGAAGAAAGUCUUCCAGGUUUGGCUGAACUUAAAGGUCGCUGGCGUGGCUCUCUUGAUGCAAGUGGUGGAGGCAAUGGGGACACAAUGACAGAAUUUGACUUUCAUGGGGAGGACUGGGAGUGGGGAUCCUAUAAAACUCAGCGUGUUUUGGCAGUUGGUGCAUACAGCAAUGAUGAUGGUUUGCGCCUUGACAGAAUUUUUAUCCAGAAUGAUAAUGCCACAAUCCAUGCCGAUGGGACUUUGUUGGGGCCUAAAACCAAUCUUCAUUUCGCUGUUCUAAACUUUCCUGUUAGUCUAGUCCCUACGUUGGUUCAGGUCAUUGAAUCUUCAGCUAGUGAUGCUGUUCAUUCUUUGCGGCAAUUGUUAGCACCAAUCAGGGGUAUAUUGCACAUGGAAGGAGAUCUCAGAGGGAGUCUUGCAAGACCAGAAUGUGAUGUGCAAGUAAGGCUCCUUGAUGGUGCCAUUGGGGGAAUUGAUCUUGGACGUGCCGAAAUUGUUGCUUCCCUGACCUCGACCAGUCGUUUUCUAUUCAAUGCAAAAUUUGAACCUAUCAUUCAAAAUGGUCAUGUGCACAUUCAAGGAAGUGUCCCUGUUACUUUUGUCCUUUCGGAAGAAGAUGCUGAAACAGAUAAAAGUGGAGCAGCUUGGUUGAAAGAAAGGGGUACUGGGUCUGCUGAUGAAGCCAGUGAAAAGAAAGUUUCUAGAGAUAGAAAUGAAGAAGGUUGGGAUACUCAGUUAGCAGAAAGCCUGAAAGGUUUAAACUGGAACAUUUUAGAUGUAGGAGAAGUUAGAGUUGAUGCUGAUAUUAAAGAUGGGGGCAUGAUGUUGUUAACAGCUUUAUCUCCUUAUGCUAAUUGGCUUCAUGGCAAUGCGGAAAUUAUGCUCCAGGUGCGAGGUACAGUUGAGCAACCCGUGCUCAAUGGAUCUGCAUCAUUCCACAAGGCAUCUAUAUCUUCACCUGUACUCCGAAAACCACUCACAAACUUUGGUGGCACUGUUCAUGUGAAAUCAAAUAGGUUAUGCAUCACAUCAUUGGAUAGUAGGGUGAGCAGAAAAGGAAAGCUGUUUGUGAAAGGGAAUCUACCCCUCAGAACCAGUGAAGCAUCCCUUGGUGAUAAAAUUGACUUGAAAUGUGAAGUUCUGGAAGUACGGGCAAAGAACAUUCUAAGUGGCCAGGUUGACACUCAGAUGCAAAUAACUGGUUCUAUAUUGCAACCAACCAUUUCUGGGAAUAUUAAAUUGAGUCAUGGAGAAGCAUAUCUACCCCAUGAUAAGGGUAGUGGAGCUGCUCAUUUUAAUAGAUUGGCAUCGAAUCAGUCCCAGCUUUCUAGUAGUGGCGUCAAUCAUGCAGUUGCUUCAAGAUAUGUUUCACGGUUUUUCAGUUCAGAACCUGCUACUUCAUUGGCCAAAUUUCCCCAACCCUCAGUUAAAUCAUCUGAAGUUGAAAAGGAAAUGGAGCAAGUGAACAUCAAACCAAAUGUUGAUGUCCGCCUCAGUGAUUUGAAGCUUGUUCUAGGACCAGAGUUGAGGAUAGUUUAUCCUUUGAUUCUGAAUUUUGCUGUUAGUGGAGAGCUUGAGCUAAAUGGCCUAGCUCAUCCGAAAUGGAUAGAACCUAAAGGCAUUCUAACAUUUGAAAAUGGUGAUGUGAAUCUUGUGGCAACUCAGGUGAGGCUUAAACGAGAGCAUCUAAAUGUAGCGAAGUUUGAGCCUGAGUAUGGACUAGAUCCAAUGCUAGAUUUAGCUUUGGUUGGAUCUGAGUGGCAAUUCAGAAUUCAGAGUCGAGCCAGCAAUUGGCAGGACAAACUGGUAGUAACCUCAACUCGCUCUGUGGAACAGGAUGUACUAUCACCUCUUGAGGCUGCUAGAGUCGUUGAGAGUCAAUUGGCAGAGUCCAUUUUGGAAGGUGAUGGCCAGCUUGCAUUCAAAAAACUUGCAACUGCAACACUUGAAACAUUAAUGCCAAGAAUUGAAGGAAAGGGAGAAUUUGGCCAGGCUAGGUGGAGGCUAGUAUAUGCACCACAGAUCCCUAGUUUGCUCUCUGUUGAUCCUACAGUUGAUCCUCUCAAAUCUCUGGCCAAUAAUAUUUCGUUUGGUACUGAGGUUGAAGUCCAGCUAGGGAAACGCCUUCAGGCCUCCAUUGUUAGGCAGAUGAAAGACUCAGAGAUGGCAAUGCAGUGGACCUUGAUCUACCAGCUAACAAGCCGCCUUCGAGUGCUCCUACAAUCUGCUCCAUCCAACCGCCUUCUCUUUGAAUAUUCUGCCACAUCACAAGAUUGACCCACUGGCCAUGCUCUGCCGGCAAAAAAUUUUGCUAUGCAGGUGGUACCUCCACUAGUGAGAGAGGAAAAGGGUAGCAUUUUUUUUUUUAGAUGUAUAGUUAUUGUAAAGGUAGAUACUAUUAUUCUUUGCUCAAAAAAUGAAUGAGCUUGUUCAUAUUUAGGCAUCCUACUUUGUACAAAGUUUAAGUAUCAAGGAAAACAAUUUUUUGCUUGAUUUAAGUUUUGGGCAUAGCAUGAGCCUUCUUGUUGUUAGGGAUAAUCACAAAUCAUCUUCAUUUCUUUUAGAAAUUGUCGUUUAACAUUUUCAUCCCAAUUAAUGGGUUCUCUUAUAUGAUGUGUAUUUUUCGCAUAAAUCAUGAAAGUGAACAACUU